AUGUUCGUUCCUAUUAACAGAACAACGUCGGCGCCGCGUGAUCCUCAAACCUCUCGGUCGCCGGUGGCAGCUACUAUGGACGUCGCAUCUGAGCUAUUGUCUCCUAAGACUGAGAGUCCAAGAACCAAGGGCCCAUCGUGGACCGAUGACGAUAAGGAGAAGUAUCAGGAGAUCAUCUCUUCGAUUGGUAGUACAGCCGGCGAGGCUGGUGCUCCGACCAGCUAUGCGCAACUCUUUGACUUGGCGUCCCAACGGCUCGCUGAUUUAGGUAUCACGAAAUCUUCUACACAAUGUAAAGAUAAGUGGUACCGCAUGAGUGACCGGGCUGAAAAUGAGUCGCUUUUCAACUUUACCAGGGGAAGGUCAAAGCAUGGCACUUUUGGAGAGGAUAAGCUCGAGGUUGAGGAGCCCGAGGACCUCGACGAAGGCUUGGACUCAAGCUUCGUAGGGGAUGAAGGCUUUACUAAUGGCGAUGACAACAUCGAUGGCGAAGGGGCCACUUCUACUAGUCACAGAAAUCUAGUUCGCUGGGAAGAUAGAGAGCGCGACGCGCUCGUGGAGGUUGUCAAGGAGCGGAGGGAGCUAGAAAGGAGUGACAACUCUCAACCAGAGUUUAAUUCUGGCCAGCUUUUCGAAUGGGCUUCAUCCGAGUUGCAGCGCCGUUACGGAAUCGAUAGAACGAAAAGUUCCUGUAUGAUCUUCUGGAGAAGGAAUAUCGCUGGCACGUGCGGAUUUGGCUCUGGAAAUGAGUCUACAAAGCUUGUCGCAACUACCGGCGGUAGGAACUCUAUUGCGAAACCCUUCGAUGAUACACCAACUAUGACGCUGCGAGAAACUCCUACGAAGUCGAAACGUUUACAGAACAGCCUUCACUCACAACCACAACCUCAAGCCGAACCUCCUUCCCCAAAGGCACCCCCUAGAGCUCAGUCACCUAAGCUUGGUCGCAAGUUUACCCCGGCCCAAAAGGCAGGUCUUGCAAGGGAGGCGGAGAAUGGCCUCAACCCAGAUGCUGAGACUCGAGCACGCCUUGUACAGGAGCUUGGCUUGACUGGACAGCAGGUCUCGGGUUACUUUGGCAAUGCUCGAUUCAAGGCCAGGAAAGCAGAAUUGAAGUUGAAUGGUACCAAGGAUGUCGGUGGGGAAGAGGCAUUCGAUUCCGAGGAGCCGUCUUUAGUCAUGGCAGAUAUCACCCCAGACAUUGGUGUGAAGACGAGACGAUCCAGGAAGCGCAAGCGUUCAUCCAUGGUAUCACUCGGAUCUGACGAUGAACCCCUAGUAGUGGAACCUUCUGUGAAGCAGUCUUAUGAACCAGCUGCAGAUGUCGAUGUAAGCCCAGACGACAAGAUUUACGGCAGCCGUCCAGGCAUGCUCAAACGAAAAGCACCCAUGAGAGACCCUUCAUUACCACUAUUGCCACCACCCAGCUACGAGGACUCGAUGCUGAAGGCAUCUCCAAAUCCAUACGGUUCUCCGCUUAAUCCUCCUCCACCUCACCUGUCACGCCCUCGUCAAUCAGAGCCACCCAGAUCGUCGAGUUCCCGGCUGUCUUUGGAUCCAACAAACUCGUCGCUACGUGAAGCCUCUAAUGUUCCAAGCACAGCUCCUACAUCGUCUACUUCAGCGAACACUUCACUGCCAAACGCUGGUAACGUUCCCGCUGACGAUCAAUUGAUGGAGAGCAUCUUGGCAACGAAAGUCAGCAGCAUCGACGAGGAGAUGGCAAGCCUGAUGAGGAAGAGUGAAGAAGAAUCGGCUGCGAUACAGAACGUCGAGGCAGAAAUCAAUGAAUUCGAUCGUCGAAUCAGAGAAAUUCAAGACCAGAAGGAUGUAGCAGUUACUACUAGGGAGCAGAAACAGGCAAAUCUGUCUCGGCACGCGGGCCGUAUUCAGAUCCUCGGAAACAGAAAGGCCCAAAUUGCGAAGGCUUUGACAGAUCUGAAGGCAGCAAUUUCGGAUGAGGUCUAG